GCUUCCGCAGCAGCAUGGCGGCCACUGAGGACGAGCGGCAGGCUGGGACCGGUGAGGGAGAACGGCUGGAUUUCCUGCGGGACCGGCACGUGCGGUUCUUCCAGCGCUGCCUCCAGGUCUUGCCAGAGCGCUAUUCUUCGCUCGAGACCAGCAGAUUGACAAUUGCAUUUUUUGCGCUCUCUGGGCUGGAUAUGUUGGAUUCCUUAGAUGUGGUAAACAAAGAUGAUAUAAUAGAGUGGAUUUACUCCCUGCAAGUCCUUCCCACAGAAGACAGAUCAAAUCUAAAUCGCUGUGGUUUCCGUGGCUCUUCAUACUUGGGUAUUCCCUUCAACCCAUCAAAGAAUCCUGGAACAGCUCAUCCUUAUGAUAGUGGCCACAUAGCGAUGACCUACACUGGCCUUUCAUGCUUGGUUAUUCUUGGAGAUGACCUAAGCCGCGUAAAUAAAGAAGCUUGCUUAGCAGGCUUGAGAGCCCUUCAGCUGGAAGAUGGAAGUUUUUGCGCGGUACCUGAAGGCAGUGAAAAUGACAUGCGAUUUGUAUACUGUGCUUCCUGUAUUUGCUACAUGCUAAACAACUGGUCUGGUAUGGAUACGAAAAAAGCCAUCAACUACAUUAGAAGUAGUAUGUCUUAUGACAAUGGGUUGGCACAGGGAGCUGGACUUGAAUCUCAUGGAGGAUCAACUUUUUGUGGCAUUGCAUCACUGUGUCUCAUGGAUAAACUAGAAGAAGUUUUUUCAGAAAAAGAGUUGAACAGGAUAAAGAGGUGGUGUAUAAUGAGGCAACAAAAUGGUUAUCAUGGAAGACCAAAUAAGCCUGUAGACACCUGUUACUCUUUUUGGGUGGGAGCAACUCUAAAGCUUCUGAAAAUUUUCCAAUACACUAACUUUGAGAAAAAUAGAAAUUACAUCUUAUCAACUCAAGAUCGCCUUGUAGGGGGAUUUGCCAAGUGGCCAGAUAGUCAUCCAGAUGCUUUGCAUGCAUACUUUGGGAUCUGUGGCCUGUCACUAAUGGAGGAAAGUGGAAUUCGUAAAGUUCAUCCUGCCCUGAAUGUAAGCACACGGACUUCUGAACGCCUUCAAGAUCUCCAUCAGAGCUGGAAAACCAAGGACUCAAAACAAUGCCCAGAGAAUGUACACAUCUCCACAUGACUGACUUUAGCUUGGGAGGGUGGGGGGAUUUGUAGCAGAACUGUAGCUCACGGUUAAAAGCCAUGUGUAACCAAGUGUGCUCUUUUUUUAAGAGAGAGACUUACAAUCAAAUCUUAUGUGGAUGUCACUUUGGGAUAUGGUCUUGAGCCAGUUACCUUUGUACUGGGUUUCAAGAAGAUCUUUGACAUUUGAACCACAGUGGACUCUGGUGUGGUUCUUAAAUGUUUAUACUGUAUUUCUAAGAAGUUCUUUGAGGCAGAUUAACUGUAUAGGUAGGUUAUCUUUUUAAAAACUCUUCAGUACAAAUUCUAUCAUAUUAUAAAAUUGACACAAAACAAGUUUACAGUUCACAUAGCAUUGAUAAUCUUUGGGGGAACACUUAGUGAUCAUUUUAAAAGCUUGACUGCUGAUGACAGAAAAUUGCUUUAAUGAAUUAGGUAUCUGGGAUUAUUCUUUGAAAAUAUGAUCCCAUAAUUUUUAAAAAUUUUUAAAUAACUCAUUUAAGAAUGAGUUAUUUUGUCUUAUUUUUAAGUAAAGUGUGUGCCAAUUAAACUUCUACAGCCUAUGUAAACGAAAUUAACUUCAUAACAAGAAUGAAUAGGCUUAAUACAAUAAUUUUCUAAAGGCAAAUUGUUUUAAGAAUACCUAUUAUUAUGUAACUGAAGGAAAAGUAAUUUCACUGUAUGUGACUGUGAAUAGGUAAAUGUACCAUGCAGGUCAUUUAUUUAGAUAUUGCUGGGGUGAAUAACAGUCAUGUUUGAUUUUAAUCUCAAAUCAUUAGUUGCUUUUUUUUAUGGGGAGAAAACAGUCUUAUCUAAAAGACAUUUAGUGGUUUUGUUUAUUUUUCUGAGAUAUGUGAUAUUAUAAAUUGUACUUUUAUAAUUGAGUUAUUUUUAGCCAUUUGCCCCAUGUUUUAGCUGCCCUAAUUUCAAACUAAUAAUUUUGUAAUUUUUUCAAAUUAAAUAAGUAAAAAUUUAAUUAAAAAGCAGGACCACUCAAGUAAAUAUAAUGGUGUAGCCCUGUACACGGUCAUUUAUAUUUUUAUAUUUUCAGGUAAGUGGGAGAGAAAUGUACUAUUUAAGAUUAAAGACUGGGGUCUUGCUUUUAUUCUUUUUCUUUUGUUUUCUUCAUUCUGUGAAGUUGCUAAUUGUAAAGGUGUCUUAUAUGGAAAUGUGUCUUAUUAGUAACCUAUCAGUAAAAUGUGUCUUAUUAGUAACCUAUCAGUCACUAUUGCUUAGUGACUUUCAAAGAUAUGAAACUAGUCAAAUGGAGAAGGAAAAUGCUUCACUGAAGGAGUCGGGUUCAUGUUAAAGUCUUGGUGAUAAUAAAUGUUGAAUUAUUAGUUCUCCAAGUAUCAGUAUAAAAACUGAAUUACUAGUAUCACUAUUUAGGUUUGUAGUACUAAUAAUGUUAUUUAAAUUUCUUCCUAAAUUAGAGGGAAAAGAUACCCUUAAAUAAUGGUGCUUCCUAGGGAAAGCUGGUAAAUACUUGGAGAAAUGAUUCAUGUAUUAUUGGUGUGGUUAGUUUUAAACCUCAGUUUGCCAAAGUCAGCUUUUUUAAAAUUUUAAUUAGAAAUAAAAAUUUUCUGAUGGUAGGGAAAAAAUAAGCUUAACAACAGAUGUUAUCCUUCCAUGUGUUUGUUCCAGUUGCUUUGUUUAAAUCCAGGCAAAUUUAGACAUCCGUAUCUCAAACUAAGUCAUCUCUUUGACAUUGGGAGUUAAAAUACUACAUAUGCAUUGGCUUUAAAACUAUAUAAAAAGUCCAAAUUGUUUUUCCUGAAUCACCAUUAGUGGUUGGAAGGUAAGAAAGUUAAUAACAGUAACUGAAUUUGUAAAUGAAAGAGAAUUCCAAGGUAAAAGUAUUUCAUAAAACUAUUAAGAAAUAUUUCCUAACUCCUGUAUAAUUUAAUAGCAUAAAUUUAUAAAUUAUAAUAUUCUAAUUGA